GUUACUAUGGAAUUGGUAAACAUCAAAGAAUUCGACGAGGUAUCGGAACAGAUAUCAGUCGUUAUUAUCUUGUACCUAACAUGGAUGGACAGUCGGCUUACAUGGGAUCCGCUUGAGUUCAAUGGUACGAAAAAUGUCAAUAUACCCGUUACUAUGAUCUGGAAGCCGAACCUUAUCCUCACAUCUCCUGUCGGUAAAGUAAUUCCUGUAGGAGGUGACCAGGACUGGGUAGUAGUGAGAUGCUUGUAUGAUGGAAGAAUAUUGUGGAAUCCAGCAGAUACGACCACAUCCUCGUGCAAUAUCGAUGUAAGCUAUUUUCCAUUUGAUGAACAAACUUGUACUUUAACAUUCAUACCAUGGGGCUACCAAACACAUGAAAUUUUGCUCACAGGCGUUGAAGAUAAGGUUCGUCAAACAUUCUAUAGCGAAAACGGCGGAUGGAUCCUAGCUGAUUCUCGUGUAAUAUCCGGUGAUGUUUUAGAUGGAUAUUUCUCUCAGUAUACGGUUACAUUUCACCUUAAAAGACGUUCAGUUUUCUUCUUAGUGAAUGCUGUUGUACCAGUUAUUUUAAUAAGUUUCCUGAACGUUCUUGUGUUCUUUCUUCCGGUGGAAAGUGGAGAGCGUGUGUCAUACGCCAUUACGGUUUUCCUAGCGUUAGCUGUUUUCAUGACCAUUGUUAGUGAAAAUUUGCCGAAAAAUUCUAAACACAUGGCUAUAAUUUGUUACCUGUUGUUGCUAAAUGUUGGACACAGCGCGGUCAUAUGUUUUGAAACUAUAAUUUGCCUCGUUACUUACUACAGGGAAGGACAAGUUCCAAAUUUAGUGACCAGAAUUUGUUUUCGAAAACCACGUGGCACAUGCAAAUGGCGGAAAAUACAUACAGAAGGGAUAAAGGUCACGCAUAAGGUGAAACUGGCUGACAACGGGGAAGAAAAAGACACCAGUCGUGAGAAACCCGCUGUGAAUACUACUCAAAACGAAGAAAAGAAGAUAUCAUGGCGAGAUGUUAGUCACAAACUGGACAAAAUUUUCGGACUUGGAGCUGUAGUUUUGCUCAUUACCUCUGUUGCAAUUUUCAUGACUUUUGUUGCAUUUCAGUAGCGUUUAUGAUAUCAAGAUAAUUUGAUUCCUCAUAUGGCAAGAUGGUUGCCUCAAUUAAACAGUUAAUGCCGGUGUGUAUACUAAUAUGCGGUUGUGCUCGUGUAUUCUUAAUUAUUUUUGGAAGCCUUUAUUCAUAUCAUGUAUCUUCGUACUCAAUUAGCAAUAACAAUUUUCUAACAAUAUCGUAAACCUCGUAUAACUGCAGAAAAGUGGUCAUUUUAAUGUUAUUACUGCCGCUUCAAAAUAUUAGGAAACGAAGCAAGGCAUAACUCCUAACAAGGGCGCAGUUAAACUUUUUUUAAUUACUAGUAAUUUAAUUUGUUUGCGUGGGGAGA